AAAAUCUUAUGAUUCUUCUUUCUUGUUCUACGCCUAGACACCUGCCAAUUUCUCAGACUCGUGGUCCUGCGCGGGCCCUACAAGCGCGAAUCUUCUCUGUUUCCUUUUGAAAUUCUUAUUUUGUACCACAAUAUUUUCCCAACACGGAAGUCUUUUCACAAAUUUUAAAUAAAAAAACGAAAGUUGGGUAUUCUGCUUUUAACAGAUUUACAAUAAUCGUUAGAAGCGUAAGCUGAUGCAGUCGUUGUCCAGGUUUAACACAUUUUCCGCCAAGGCAGUAACAGGAGUCUUUCGUCCUAUUGCAAGAUUGAGUAGAGCAGCGAGACCCCAGUUUGAAAUGGCUCCAUUGUGUAUUUCUCUACCUGAAGGCACCGGACGUGUCCUAAGCAUUCAGUCUCAUACUGUGCAGGGAUAUGUUGGAAAUAAAGCUGCUGUAUUUCCUCUGCAACUUCUUGGUUUUGAUGUGGACCCUAUCAAUUCAGUCCAGUUAUCCAAUCACACAGGAUAUCCAACGGUUCGAGGGCAGGUACUAAAUGGGGAGCAGCUCUGGACAUUGAUAGAAGGUCUUGAAGCAAAUGACCUUCUGUGUUAUACACACCUAUUAACAGGUUAUAUUGGUUCUGUUUCGUUUUUGGAUACAAUCUUGCAGGUUGUUCAGAAGUUGCGUUCUGUUAAUCCAGACCUGAUAUAUGUAUGUGAUCCAGUUAUGGGCGAUGAGGGCAAGCUUUACAUUCCUCCAGAGCUCGUCUCUGUUUAUCGUGAAAAGGUGGUGCCAGUUGCUUCAAUGAUCACCCCAAACCAUUUUGAAGCAGAGCACUUGACAGGUUUAAGAAUUUCUUGUGAAGCUGACGGUUUAAGGGCUUGCAAUGCCCUUCAUGCUGCAGGCCCUUCAAAGGUAGUGAUAACAAGCCUGGAGAUGGAUGGUAUGCUGUUGCUAAUAGGAAGCCAUCAGAAAACUGAGGGGCAUCCAACAGAACAGUUCAAGAUUGUAAUGCCGAAAAUUCCAGCAUAUUUCACUGGAUUUCUGAGUGGAAUAUUGAUGCAGGAGCAUCUGGGUGGACAAGCAAUUGACAUCACUCAAAAACAUUUUCAGGGCACUGGUGAUCUAAUGACAGCACUUCUACUAGGUUGGAGCAAUAAAUAUCCUCAAGAACUUUGGAAAGCAGCUGAGUUGGCAGUAGCAACUGUGCAGGCAAUCCUACAUCGAACAAUUAGCGAUUACAAUGCUGCAGCCAUUGAAACUCCUAAGCAGUUAGAAAUACAAUUGAUCCAAAGCCACGAUGACAUCAAAUCGCCACAAGUAACAUAUUUUGCUGAAAAAUAUUGAUUUUUCUAUGUCACCCAAUAUAGCAUACUAAAGAGCAAGUUGCAGUUUGUCCUGAAGCCACUAGUAGGAUAUUUUAGCCAAAUCAUUCCUAGCAAAUCCAAUAUGAAAUUCGAGAAGAAGAAUUUCAUUAGUAGAUUUCUGGAGUGUAUUAUUCAAUUCCUGGAGCUGAUUUCAAGAAUUUUUUGUCCCAGGUUUAUGUCAUUUUGAUACUUCUGAUUAUCAUUAAAAGCAUGCAUUACUAUUGUGAAAUAAUAUGCUAGGGUACAAAAACUUUAUCUUAACAAUUUUUCCUAGCAUUGAAAAUAUUAAAUUCUUAAUUGUUCCAGGAGUGAGUGUUAUGUCAUGAUGUUCAUGGUUCAAUGAUCAUUAUCUUCACGUAUAAACUGGAUUCUGGUUAUCUGUAUUAUCAUACACCAACUUAAACAUUGGAUACAUCCAAAGAUAUGAAGGCAUUAAUUUCAUUAAUGGGAUACAAUUUCAGUUAA